AUGCAAUCCCUCGAGUGCCCAUCCCAAGGCUGGAGAUGCCAACAAUGCGGUCUCCCCGGAGUCCGUGUCUCCAAUGAUUCCACCACCGGCGCACACUACAAGUGUGUCCCAUGCAAUCGCUCCCUGGGCCUUUGCCCUUGCACUACACCUGGAGCCCGGACAACUUCUACAUGCCACUGCGGCCAACGCAGCGGUGCUUCUUCACCAGGUCUAGAUGACCAAGUCCCCCGUGGCGUCGCCAUGCUUCCCACAGAGCGAAAGAACAGCCUCAACCCACACAACCCGGACGAGGGCUUCGAUGAGGACUGGGAGGCGAAUUGCACUCCUGGUUUCAUGGUCAAGAGGUUUAAGGCCUCGGCUAUGGAGUUCCUUCCUCAUUGA